ACCUCGGGGUGGGGAGGGGGAGGAAGAGAGGAGUGUGCAGACAACAGAGCAGCGGACGGAGUUUUUAUUGGAGGACACAGUUUGUGUGGAGAGCCAGACGAGGACGGUCGAAGCGCGCCGAGUGCGAACCCGCCGCGCGCCCUGGACACGAGCCUCGAGCUGCCCUCCGGUGACCGUGCUGGCGAGACCAGAGGGUUUCAUUGUCUCCAGAGGGAACACCAUGGCCUUAGCGGGAUGCCCUGACUACUUCCUGCAUCACUCAAACUACCAGGAAAGCAUGGACCGCACUUCCUCUCGCCGGCCCGAGGAGCUGAUCGUUCCAGGCUUUCAACGGUCGGCCAAUCAAGACUUGCCACAUCACCAUGCAGAGGACGAUGUGGACCUGGAGCAGCUGGUGAACGAGAUGAACUCCUCCAUGGAGAGCGUUUACUCCACGCAGGCGGACACGGCGCUGCUCCUGAACAACGGCCACGCGCCGGCCCACCACCACGCCGCCCACCACCACGCCGCCCACCACCACACCGCCCACCACCACGCCGCCCACCCGGGGCACGGCCAGGCCCACCGCCGCCAAACCCCGCCCCUUUCCUCCCCCUCCAUGGAGAGGCUGCGGCACUCCCAGCCCAUGCACAUCCGGGCCGUCAGGUGUCUGCAGGAAGAGCAUCUGCUGCGCCCGGCCUCCCUGCCUGCCAUCCCCAACCCGUUCCCCGAGCUGUGCAGCCCGGCCGGCUCCCCCGUCCUCAGCCCCAUUCAGACCUCCGACAACCACAUAGUGAAGGUGUGGAGCGAGGAUGGGGCCGGGAAAGUGCUGGAGGUCCCAGCGGACAUGACGGCCAGAGAUGUGUGUCAGCUGCUGGUCUACAAGAGCCACUGUGUGGACGACAACGCCUGGACACUGGUGGAGCACCACCCCAUCCUCGGCCUUGAGCGAUGUCUGGAGGACCACGAGCUGGUGGUUCAGGUUCAGGCCUCCAUGAGCAGCGACAGUAAAUUCCUCUUCAGGAAGAACUAUGCCAAAUAUGAAUUCUUCAGGAACCCCCUGAACUUUUUCCCAGAGCAGAUGGUGGCUUGGUGUCAGGAGUCUGAUGGUUCAAUCCCUCAGUCACAGCUCUUACAGAACUUCCUGAACUCCAGCAGCUGUCCGGAGAUCCAGGGCUACCUGUCCGUGAAGGAGCCCGGACGCAGGUCCUGGAAGAAGCUCUACACGUUCCUGCGGCGCUCCGGGCUCUACUCCUCUACGAAAGGAACAUCCAAGGAGCCCCGUCACCUGCAGCUGCUGUCGGAUCUGGAGGACAGCAACAUCUUCAGCGUCAUCUCGGGAAGGAAACUCCACAACGCUCCAACAGACUUCCAGUUCUGCAUUAAGCCCAGCAAAGUGAGCAGCGACUGCAAGGAGCUCAAGAUGCUGUGUGCCGAGGACGAACAGAGCCGCACCUGCUGGAUGACGGCUUUCAGGCUGCUCAAGCACGGGAUACUGCUGUACCAGAGCUACAACGUGCCCCGGCUAAGGAAGUCUAACCUCUCGCCUUUCUCUGCCCCCGUGCGGAGCGUCUCUGAGAACUCUCUGGUCGCGAUGGACUUCUCGGGGCGGACCGGCCGCAUCAUCGACAACCCCGUGGAGGCCCAGAGCGCCGCCCUGGAGGAGGGGCAGACCUGGAGGAAACGGAGCCAGCGUAUGAAUGUCCUGGGCAGCCACAGCCCGCUGCACCCGUCCACCCUGAGCACAGUGAUCCACAGGACCCAGAUCUGGUUUCAUGGUCGCAUCAUGAGAGAGGAAGCCCACAGAAUGAUCCUCCAGCAGGGCCAAGUCGACGGAUUAUUCCUGUUGCGGGACAGUCAGAGUAAUCCCAAGGCUUUCGUGCUCACCUUGUGCCACCACCAGAAGAUCAAGCACUUCCAGAUCCUACCGUGUGAGGAGGACGGUCAGGUGUUCUUCAGCCUCGACGACGGCGCCACCAAGUUCAGCGACCUGAUCCACCUGGUGGAGUUCUACCAGCUCAACAGGGGAGUGCUGCCCUGCAAGCUCAAGCAUCCGUGCACCGCCGUGGCCUUGUGACACUCCCCCCCCCCACCCAAAACACCCCCACCCCCCUUUUUUUGCACACCUCUCUCCCUGAGAUCCCGAUCCCCCCCCCCCAUCUGCCCCUCCCUCGCCGACGCAAUGAGGUUGAGGUUGAGAGAGGAGUGGGGGGGGGCUCCGUCGGAUGGAUCCCUCAACCUCCCUCAUCCUCCAGGCCUGAUAAGCUGUGGUGACCCCCCCCCCCCCCCCCUGCUCGAUGGCGAGGAGGGGUAGGGGGAGGGCACCACCCUCUGACUUCCUCAUCGAUCCUCAGGGACGGACGGGAAGCUCUCUGGGUUCGUAUCAAACUCCAUCCGGGAGCUUUCCUCAACCUGUGCAGUCCAGUCUGGAUAAGCUGACCCCCCCCCCCAUCCCCCUCCUCCCCCUGCCUCCCCACCCCCACCCCGAUCCGGCCUCUCCUCCUCCGCCGAAGCUCCGAGAGGAAAAAGCCGAGAGUAAAGAGAAGCGGGCGAGGAGCGGAGCGGCGGCGAGGGUUUUCCCGAGAGGACCGAGGAACGUUGGCCAGGAGGAGGAGCCGCUCCCGCAGAGUCGAUUACUUGAUGUCAUUUUUAUGCUGUUUUAUUCCUGUCGAUUCAACGCAGAACUCAUUUUGCACUCCCGGGUGGACAGACGCCAGUUAUCCCCCCCCCCCCUCUCUGAAAAGCAUGCGUGUGAAUUUCCGCCAGUUGUGAUUGGAGGACGGCGGCGCGGGAGCGGAGCGACGCCUUUCAGGAAAGGUCAGGGCCGGUUUGACCUCCGGGUGAACCAACGCCACCGCGCUUUGGUUUUUUUUAAAAAGACAAAACUAACGUGCGUCAGAAGACAAUGAGGAAGAGGAGGAAGACUUAAAUAGACUCCUGAAAAGUGUGUCCACCCCCCCCCGCCAAGCUUCCACCAUCUUUAUUCGUUUUCUUUUAAUGGAAAGGGUUGAAUCUGUCGGUGAAUGUUUCCCCUUCCUGUUCUGAGCUCACCGCUUGCACAUUUUUGAUUAUCGAUUUGAUAUCGACGGGUCGGAGCCGUCGCGUUGGGGUUCUGACACUCGUCUCCCCGACAACAAAGACGCAUCGACAAAAGCACUCCCGUUUUUUUUUAUUUUUAAAAUGUUUUUGUUUCAACGUGGAAACGAUCAAAUUACUUGAAAUGUGAACUCGGUCGUCGACGCUCAGCGGGACGAGUUUGCUCGCCUUAAGUGAACGUUGUGAGCCGUGUGUGUGAAACCCAAGCGAUCCUCUCUGUCAUGCACACACAGGAACAGAUUUCAGAUCUCGAGGAGGCGGAGUCACGCCGCUUGAAGGUCUCGCGUUUGCUCGUGAAUAUUAUUUUUCACUUUCCCGCGGCGAGAGAGAGACGAUCGAUAAGAAGUCGGCUUAUUUCUCGACUUCUUAAACUACGUUAACCGCAGUGCGAAGACUUUUAAAUGUUUUUUUUUAGACGUACGUGACGUUCUCUGGUAUCGAUCCGCUCAUGGAAAUCUUCGCGAGAAAGCCGAUAAAGUCUGUUCACCGCCGCGUGGAGACGCUUCAGAGGAGCCAGCGUCUCCUGGGCGGGUGCUGCACUUAUCUCAUCCCACAUCUGUAUUCUAUACAUUUACAGCACCUGCAUGGGAGCUAGCAUGCACCUGGGGGGGGAGGGGUCGGUCCAUCGCACAGUAAGGACGUCCUUCUUGAAAUGCCAUUUCGCAAUAAUCAAACAAAGCAGAGACGGAAGAGGAAGAGGAAGAGGAAGCCAUCUCCUCUCCGGCGGUCGUCCAAGUGGCCCAGGGCGCCUCGUAGCCGUCGGGCAUGUUGUCAGUACCUUGAGAGCUGAAGUGAUUUAUUGAUUAGCCAACUGAACAUUCAUUGGCAUCUAUCUGCAUGAUCAAUAAUCUGAUUUUAAGCCAAAAUGCAAAAGGAAAAGCUGAUUUUAGUUUCUCCUGUGAGCUCGUGACGCGGUUCUUCAUCUCGCAUUAGAGUGAACUGAAGACUGCGAGUCGGAGAGAAGGAUUUGACCCCUUUAAAUAAAUAGUUCUCUCAUUUUAUACAUUCACCCCCCCCCCGGCUAACUGAACUCUCUCCGAGUACUGUGACCGACUCCCAAUCCACCGCCGCCAUCAGUCGACCAAUCGCGUGACUUGAAUGACUCGUCGGCCUCGUGCGUCAGCUCCAGGGAGAAGUCGCUCCAGGGAUUGGAUAAUGCUUGAAUCCCCAGCCCCCCUUUUCCACCUGUGUCCAGCCUGUAAGCUAUGGCCCUGUGGUGAAUAUAUAUAUAUAAAUAUAUAUAUGUGUGUGUGUGUGUGUGUGUGUGUGUGUGUGUGUGGAUGGCCAGACUGUUAUAUUCGUUAUUCAGGAUUGCUUGGUCUGCUGGUUGUCAUGACUUGCCUUCUUAGAGACUGAGAGGACGGCGGCUUGUCGGUCGGGUAAAGUCACGCUCAGCCGUGGGUUUCCAGGAGCUGGAGGUCUCCCAGCGUUCCCAGUCGAGGGUCUUUCCUGUCCGUCAGAAAGGGGCCGCAAAGCCACACGGCUGUGGGUCAGCGGGGACGACCCACCGCCCACUCCUCCUCCUCCCUCCAUUUUUAAUCACUGUGCUACAAUGCAAUCCCAUACACAAGCCCACGUAUAUGAAUAUACCAGUAUACAGUAUCGUUUGUUUUCUAAGUAUGUGAAACUAUGGAAGACGUAGAUCUAACACUGUACCUAGGUCUCAGAUCACUAUGUAUGGGGUGUUAUGUUUUUGCUCAUAACUCCGUGUAAAAUGAAGAACGAUUUAUUUAGUC